AUGCUGUCCAAGACAAUGCUUAUUCUCGCCUCGGCUGUGACCUUGGUUAACAGCCAGUUCGACCCGUUGUCAGUUCCCCUUGCUACAAGAGAGGCCUGGUGUAACUCCCAAACAUCCGCCUGUCCUCUUCUUUGUCUGCAACUACCGGGUGCCUCCGGCUCCCCGACCACAAACACUUGCUCACCAUCCACACUCGACUACUACUGUCUGUGCAACAAUGGCGUGACUCCCAACGCCUCCGAAUACUCACAGACAAUCCCUUACUACACAUGCACUGAAUCCAACGAACAAUGCGUCCGCAAGUGCGACGGUAACUCCGUCUGCCAGAAUGCAUGCCGAGUAGACAACCCCUGCGGCGCCCAGGAUCCCAAGCGUGUCAAUGUUACCACUACUGCCACCAAGUCUGCUACCCCUACUGCAACGGAGACCCCCGUCAACACUCUUAUCAAUGGAGCUACCGGUGCCGCACCGCGUAUGACGUCUGUUGAUAUGGGCCAUGUCUAUGGGCUUUGUGUCUUGGUUGGUGGUUUCGUUGCUGGCUUUGCCGCGCUCUUGUAG